AUGCCCGAGGAGACCCAGGCUCAGGAUCAGCCGAUGGAGGAGGAGGAAGUGGAGACGUUCGCCUUCCAGGCGGAAAUUGCCCAGUUGAUGUCACUGAUCAUCAACACUUUCUACUCGAAUAAGGAGAUUUUUCUGAGGGAGCUGAUCUCAAACUCGUCCGACGCUCUGGACAAGAUCAGGUAUGAGAGUUUGACCGAUCCCAGUAAGUUAGACUCUGGGAAAGAGCUGCACAUUAAUCUCAUACCGAACAAGCAAGAUCGAACCCUCACCAUCGUGGACACCGGCAUUGGGAUGACCAAGGCCGAUUUGAUUAAUAACCUGGGCACCAUCGCCAAGUCCGGGACCAAAGCGUUCAUGGAGGCGUUGCAGGCUGGCGCUGAUAUCUCCAUGAUUGGCCAGUUUGGUGUCGGGUUUUAUUCAGCCUAUUUGGUGGCUGAGAAAGUGACCGUUAUCACCAAACAUAACGACGACGAGCAGUACGCCUGGGAGUCUUCUGCAGGAGGGUCCUUCACAGUGAGGACUGACGCAGGAGAACCUAUGGGGCGUGGAACAAAGGUUAUUCUGCAUCUGAAAGAAGACCAGACUGAGUACCUGGAGGAACGGAGAAUAAAGGAGAUUGUGAAGAAGCAUUCUCAGUUCAUUGGCUAUCCCAUCACUCUUUUUGUGGAGAAGGAACGUGAUAAAGAAGUUAGUGAUGAUGAGGCAGAAGAGAAGGAAGACAAAGAGGAAGAGAAGGAGAAAGAAGAAAAGGAGUCUGAUGACAAGCCUGAGAUAGAAGACGUUGGCUCAGAUGAGGAGGAGGAAGAGAAGAAGGAUGGGGACAAGAAGAAGAAGAAGAAGAUCAAGGAGAAGUACAUCGAUCAAGAAGAGCUGAACAAGACAAAGCCUAUCUGGACCAGAAACCCUGAUGACAUCACUAACGAGGAGUACGGAGAGUUCUACAAGAGCCUGACCAACGAUUGGGAGGAUCACUUGGCGGUCAAGCAUUUUUCAGUUGAAGGACAGUUGGAAUUCAGAGCCCUUCUUUUUGUCCCAAGACGAGCUCCUUUUGAUCUGUUUGAAAACAGAAAGAAGAAGAACAACAUUAAGUUGUAUGUUCGCAGAGUUUUCAUCAUGGAUAACUGUGAGGAGCUAAUCCCUGAAUACCUGAAUUUCAUUAGAGGUGUGGUGGACUCUGAGGAUCUCCCUCUGAACAUUUCCCGUGAGAUGCUGCAACAAAGCAAAAUUUUGAAAGUUAUCAGGAAGAAUUUGGUCAAAAAGUGCUUGGAACUCUUCACUGAACUGGCAGAAGAUAAAGAGAACUACAAGAAGUUUUAUGAGCAGUUCUCUAAAAAUAUUAAGCUUGGAAUACAUGAAGAUUCUCAAAAUCGGAAGAAGCUUUCAGAGCUGUUGAGAUACUAUACUUCUGCUUCUGGUGAUGAGAUGGUUUCUCUCAAGGACUAUUGCACAAGAAUGAAGGAAAACCAGAAACACAUCUAUUACAUCACAGGUGAGACGAAGGACCAGGUAGCCAACUCGGCCUUUGUGGAGCGUCUCCGGAAGCACGGCUUGGAGGUGAUCUACAUGAUCGAGCCUAUUGACGAGUACUGUGUGCAGCAGCUGAAGGAGUUCGAGGGGAAGACCUUGGUGUCGGUCACCAAGGAGGGCCUGGAGCUGCCGGAAGACGAGGAGGAGAAGAAGAAGCAAGAAGAGAAAAAGACGAAGUUCGAAAACCUUUGCAAAAUCAUGAAGGACAUUUUGGAGAAGAAAGUUGAAAAGGUGGUGGUGUCUAACCGGUUAGUGACAUCCCCAUGCUGCAUUGUCACAAGCACAUAUGGCUGGACAGCAAACAUGGAACGGAUCAUGAAGGCUCAAGCUCUGAGAGACAACUCAACGAUGGGUUACAUGGCAGCCAAGAAGCACCUGGAGAUCAACCCUGACCAUUCCAUCAUCGAGACCUUGAGGCAAAAGGCAGAGGCUGACAAGAAUGACAAGUCUGUGAAGGAUCUGGUCAUCCUGCUGUACGAAACCGCUCUUCUGUCUUCUGGCUUCAGUCUGGAGGAUCCCCAGACACACGCCAACAGGAUCUACAGGAUGAUCAAGCUUGGUCUCGGUAUUGAUGAGGAUGACCCCACUGCUGAUGACAGCAGUGCUGCUGUCACUGAGGAAAUGCCUCCCCUGGAAGGAGAUGACGACACGUCCCGCAUGGAAGAAGUAGACUAA